AUGCGCAAUGAUGAAAGUUUUUUGUUAUGUGAAGUUUGGUUCCAGAAUAGAAGAGCAAAAUGGCGAAGGCAGGAGAAAUCAGAAAGCUUACGUUUAGGUUUAUCUCAUUUUUCGCAACUUCCGCAUCGGCUAUCUUGCAAUGGAAGCAUUUCUGUAGACCCUUGGCUUUCACCUCCACUGUUGUCAGCUUUACCAGGCUUUUUAACACAUCCACAGACCGUUUAUCCGAGUUACUUAACACCACCAAUAAGUUUAGCUCCCAAUAAUUUGGGAAUAAAACAUCCUGCCUCAAAUGGACAACAAAAUUUAAGAGUUCCAUCAAAUGUUGCUAUGUCGGUCCACUCAGCUAACAUGCAUAUUGCACCAUCGUCAAUUACUUCUCACAUAACUGAUCUAAGUUGCCAGAAUAACUCACCAGCGGCACAAAACACAGUAUUACAUGGUAUAGAAAUUUGUUCAGUGCAACAUUUACAACAGCAAUCAUCAAUUGACUUGAGCUGUAAAGCUAAUAUAUCAACUCAAAAUAACAAUUUACAUGCGUCUUCACCACAACUAAUAUCAGACUCAACGUCACAAUUUUUACCUGCUACUAUUGAAAAUAUUACGCAAAGCACAGCGCAAAUUUCCACCAUAGGUUUAAAGCGAUGUCAUGAAGAGCUUUCAGAAGGCAAUUCCGUCCCGAGCAAAAAUGACAAUGUAAAAGAUUUUAACACAACUAAUUCAGAUAUAAGAUCAAACUCCAUAGCGGUACUUAGAAUUAAGGCUAAAGAACAUCUUGAAAAUAUGAGCAAAGGGCUAGCUACAUAAUGAGUUAUUAAAUUCACAGUUUUUUCAUUUUUUAACAUAAAAUAAAUUUAAUGAAGAACAUGUGAUAUGUACACAUUAUCAGCAAAUAUACGUAUUGGCAUUAGCGAAUACAAACUAAUUAAAAGCAGUUUUUAGUAUGAAUUUUGAAACUUUGCUUAACAUUUUGAAUCAAGGUUAGGUUCCUUAUAUAAAAGCAACUUAAUCUGUGAACUCAUUACAUGUUUCAAAAUAAAGUCGCUGUUAAUUUAACAUGUCAAGCAACAUUUGCUACUGAAAAGACUUUAAAGAUAUUAAUCAUAUAACAAUCAUAGCGAUAGAAAUAACUUUUAUCAACGUU